AUAAUCUCAAGGCAAAACUAGCCGUUACCUGAUUUUCUUUCAAUUUCUCCCAAAACCCUAACCUAUUAUUAUUAUUAUUAUUUCUUCCUAUCCAUUGAAUCAUUACUCACCAUCAGCACAAGCCGUUUUCGUUGAUAGAGCCAAACCCUAGUUGAAGACUUCAAAUUUUCUUUAAUUCUUUCCUCGCAUAUUCUCAAAACAAAUCCUGUAGAUUCAAUCUUGAAGAGCGGUUCAAACAUGGCUUCCAGAACAGCCACCAAAGACAUCAUCACCCUCCGUGGAUCAGCCGCCAUCGUUAGUGAAUUCUUUGGCUACGCUGCCAACAGCAUUCUCUAUAAUCGCGGAGUUUAUCCCGAAGAAAGUUUUGGCAAGGUGAAGAAGUAUGGGCUUCCAUUGUUGCUUACUCAGGAUGAGGGAGUCAAAACCUUUAUGGCCAACCUAACCGCUCAGCUUUCAGAGUGGCUGGAAGCUGGGAAGUUGCAGAGAGUGGUUCUGGUGAUAAUGAGCAAGGCCACCAGUGAGGUGUUGGAGAGGUGGAAUUUUAGCAUUGAGACAGACAGUGAGGUUGUCGAGAAAGGUGUGUCAAGGGAGAAGAGCGACAAAGAAAUUAUGAGAGAGAUACAAGCCAUCAUGAGACAGAUUGCAUCCAGCAUAACAUACCUGCCAUGCCUUGAUGAACCUUGUGUUUUUGAUGUGUUAGCAUACACUGACACGGAUGUUGCAGUCCCAUUCACCUGGAUUGAGAGUGACCCCAGGCUGAUUGCCAAUCCCCAAAUGGUGAAAUUGCAUUCAUUUGAUACCAAGAUUCACAAGGUUGACACUUUGGUCUCCUACAAGAACGACGAAUGGGACGAGCCAUAGAGCAACCUGCUCUUUCUUUGCUGCUCUUUCUUUGUGUGUGUUUUGUUUGUUUUUUGAGUGAUUUGAGUGGACCCUCCCGUGAAUCGUUGAUUCACAUUUUGUCAGUUAAGCAGGGCAUAUUAUUCUGCAUUAAUAUGUCAGUAUGUUGAACAUGGAUCCCCAGAAGGUUUUAAAGCAAAAUAUGUUGACAAAUGCUUGUUGACAGAACGAAGAAUAUAACUUAUGACAGGAGAGGUCGGUGUAUUUUAGGCAUAUAAUUUGAGCAUAAUCCA